GAAACUCUCUCAAAUUCUCUGAAGCAAGGACGCACCAGCUUGAAGAAUCAGUACAUCGAGUCAACCUUCACAUCAGUUUCAGGUAAAAAUGGUUUCAUUGAGAGAAUUCGCAGAGCAACGAGGUAACCAGGGCAGAGAGGGAGAAGAGGGGGGGGGGUUUUGUCAGUGGAGCCUAUCACGAUGGUAGUGCCGCCGGAGUUGCAGGAUAUGCCGGAAACAAUGGCGUCAGAGAGCAGCACCAGUUCCAGCGCCAGCGACAACGGUGGCGACCACCCUAGUACAUCAUCGAGCAGCUUGUCCGAGGGGACACCAGGCCGCGAGGAGGAGGCAGGGGAUGUAGUGAGCCAUGUCUCAGAUCGGCCUGUGAUGGGAGAAUGGGAGAGCAGAACCGUCCCGGGCAGGUUGAGCAACAUGCGAAAAGCACCGAAGGACCUGCCCGCUGGAUUCAGGUUCAAGGCUGCACUUCAUCACGAAGUAGCAGAUUGUACGCCCUCCGUAAGUGGGUACAGAAGGCUCGAGGAGAUGGUGAGGGCGUACCACAUUCCCAAAACCAUACUACUGCGGACGGGCAGGCAGAACGAAAGGGCGUGCACAGUGUCACCGACGGGCUGGAUACCAGUGUACGUGGACCACUUCGACGCCGGACUGCAAUUUCCCCUGCCCGGAUUGGUGUUCGACCUGCUGGCGGAGUACGAGCUGGCGCUGACGCAGUUAACGCCCAACAGCAUAAGGUUCAUCAUGGGCUUUAUGCUGUUGUGCGCGAGAUUGGAGGUGCCAACUAAAGCGAUAGUGUUCAGGUCGCUAUUCCAGUGCCGGUUGUGCCCGAACUCAAAAGGAGCGAGAUGGUACUACCUCUCUGGGAGGGAUAAGAGCCAAUUGUUCAAGAAUGUCCAGAACAAAGUGGCGAGAUGGAAGAGGCAGUCCGUAUUUGUUUGCGACACGCGGACAGAGAGGAUAAGCAACGACCUCGCUGCUCGGCUGUCAGAAUGGCGAACUCCGAACGCCCACAUCAAUUACCCCCAGCUGCUGCCCCGGGAUGUCAACCUGAAGAACCAGUUGCUUCAGUAUGCGCAGGGGGAGGGUCUUAUAGAUUUAGAAGCCCUGGUUACCUCAGAGCAUCUCGCCGUGUUCGGGCUUGUCGACGUGACAAACCUGUUCAGCCAAGGUAUAUUUUCAUCAUAUAUCCUAGAUUCUAGCCGAGCUGAGGCUUAUGCAUUUGUUUGUGCAGGUGAGAUGAGCAGCAUAUUGGAACGUCAGCGCCAACGUGCCCAGAGCUCCCGAGGCCGUGGGGAGAGCAGCGCGCAGCCCUGGCAAACACGGUUUGACGAGCGGCCACCCCCAGCGCCCCAACCACGCGGCUCGUCACACCGGGGGUCUAGCUCGGCUUCAAGGCCCCGAGCAGAGCAUCGAGCUGAGGCUUCAGCUCCGAGCGAGCGCAGGCGCGCACGCGAGGAGACGGAGAGUGAAGAUGAGGUCCCCCUCAUACGACGCAGAACGAGCGGGGGGACUCAGCCCGCACAAGCGGCCCGUCCUGUAACUGUGCGUUCUCUAAACGCACCGUCAAAGACUGUGCGGGCAGCAGUGGAGCCCGCCUCUGCUCCGGCCUCAACGUCUGGCCCCAGGAUUGCUUAUCCUGAGGGCUUCAGCUAUAUAAGAGCAGAGUGCCAGCCCGCCAUGGUGCAGGCCAUGCACAGCUUCGUGCCACCCAUGGACAAUAAGCGGGCGAAGGCUUUUGUGCAGCAGCAUGGCAGGCAGGUCGCGAUGAUAAAAUUGAUGGAUGCGUUCAGCUACGCGGUAGCACUGUACGAGAGCGAGCAGGCGGCUCGUACAGAGAAUACCGAGCUCGGUUCGAAGUGCAAGCAGCUGGCCACGGAGAAGGCUAGCCUUGUGGACGAUGUGAAUCGUCUGCAAGGCUCUGAGAUGGCGAACCGAGCUGCUGCCGCGGAGAGCCGGGCAGACGAGCUCGCCACAAGGAAUAACGAGCUCAGGGAGGAGCUGGAUCGAGCGCGGGCAGAAAAGGAAAGCGGGAUCCAGGCGGCCAAGGAAGAAGCCGCCCGGGUUGAGGAGCGGGCUAGGAAGGCUGAGGCCGACAGGGACCGCACUCAGCGCGAGCUGGACUCUCUUAAACACCAGGUCGCCGAGGCUGACAGGAACCUCACCGCUGCCGGGGAGGCACUGAUCGAGCUGAAGACCUCCCACGCACACUCUGUGAGCAUUGCCCGAGCUCAAGGUGCGGAAUGGUUCGUGGGUUCGACUGCGUUCCAGGACGCCGUGGCGGUGGCGUCUGCAAAUGUAACCACGGAAAUCUACAACGAGAUCCGUGGGAAGAGGUGGGGCUGUGAGAUAACAGCCUUCAGCUCGCACAGUGUGGCUCUUCCCAGUAUAGCAUUGAAAGCUGAUUCCAUCUUAACGACCAGGAAGGUGACGGAAGCCAUCCUGAAGCGCGGUUCUGAGCCGACAUAUAUAGGAAGGGUAAUGACUCCUUCAACUGGGACGGGCUGGUUAUCAAACCCGUAUAUUGGCCCUUCAAGCUUUUGAAGCGAGCUCGGAUUUAGCUGCAUUUUCUGGAAGCAACCCCAAUAUAGGAUAUCUGGUGAACUGCCCGUGUCAAUAAACACCUUAUUGACAU